CGUAGAACACAUUGUUCUCGUUCUAACGCACCACAGACGCCACCACAGACGCGCGAGGUCGCUGAAGAACCAAAUGAAACAUAGCCGGGGGAGAGUCCUCAGCACCAAUAGAGUUUGGUGACGCGAACCAAGAAAUCGCAUUGUUGCCGGAGCCUGAGAGCCGGUCAGCCAAGGGAAAAGUCUCUCCAACCAAGUGUGGCCGGCGGCUAUAAUUAGAAUACAAUCGUGUGAAUCCUACACAGAAUGCAGGAGGGAGGGUGUUGGCCGACGAUGGAUCUGCUGCGGUCGGAGCCGAUGCAGCUGGUGCAACUCAUCAUUCCAAUGGAGUCCGCUCACCGCACGAUCUCCUACCUCGGAGCACUUGGCCUCUUUCAAUUCAAAGACCUCAAUGCUGACAAGAGCCCAUUCCAGCGAACAUAUGCGACUCAGAUUAAAAGAUGUGGCGAAAUGGCGCGCAAGUUACGUUUCUUUAAGGAACAAAUGAUAAAGGCUGGUUUGUUGCCCACAGCAAAGUCAAUGACAGGUGCUGAUAUUGGCAUAGACAGCUUGGAGGUGAAACUUGGAGAACUUGAAGCUGAGCUGAUAGAGAUAAAUACAAACAAUGAAAAGUUGCAACAUUCAUAUAAUGAGCUACUAGAAUAUAAGAUUGUUCUGCAGAAGGCUGGUGAGUUUUUCUAUUCUGCUCAAAGUAGUGCUACAGCUCAGCAAAGAGAACAAGCGCAUCAAGAUGGUGAAGGAUCGAUUGACAGUCCUCUUUUACUGGAGCAAGAAAUGACGGAUCCCUCUAAGUACGUUAAACUUGGGUCUGUGAGUGGUCUUGUUCCCAGAGAAAAAUCAAUGGCAUUUGAAAGGAUUCUGUUUCGUGCAACCAGGGGUAACAUGUUUCUCAAGCAAGCAGUAAUUGAAGAACCUGUCAUUGAUCCUGUGUCAGGAGAAAAGGUUGAGAAAAAUGUAUUUGUUGCCUUCUAUUCUGGAGAAAGGGCGAGGAGCAAAAUUUUGAAAAUAUGCGAAGCGUUUGGAGCAAAUCGUUAUCCAUUUACAGAUGACCUGGGAAAGCAGUUUCAGGCAAUCUCGGAGGUGUCCGGCAAACUUUCAGAACUGAAGACUACAAUUGAUGUUGGACUGCUGCACCGGACUAAUCUGUUACGCACAAUUGGCUAUGAAUUUGAGCGGUGGAAUCUUUUGGUGAAGAAGGAGAAAUCCAUUUACCACACACUUAAUAUGCUCAGCAUUGAUGUGACAAAAAAGUGUCUUGUGGCUGAAGGGUGGUGUCCUGUUUUUGCCACAAUUAAGAUUCAGCACACAUUGCAGCAGGCAACAUUUGAUAGCAAUUCACAAGUUGGAGCCAUAUUCCAGGUUUUGCAUACGAAGGAAGCACCACCUACCUAUUUUCAAACUAACAAAUUCACUUCUGCUUUUCAAGAAAUUGUGGAUUCUUAUGGGGUAGCCAAAUACCAGGAAGCUAAUCCUGGUGUAUACACAGUUGUUACAUUCCCCUUCUUAUUUGCUGUAAUGUUUGGUGAUUGGGGUCAUGGUAUAUGCUUGUUACUUGCAACACUAUAUUUCAUAAUAAGGGAGAAGAAAUUUUCCAGUCAGAAGCUUGGAGACAUCAUGGAGAUGACAUUUGGUGGCCGUUAUGUUAUUUUGAUGAUGGCAGUUUUCUCAAUAUACACAGGAUUGAUAUACAAUGAAUUCUUUUCAGUCCCAUUCGAACUAUUUGGCCCCUCUGCCUAUGAUUGCCGUGACCCUUCCUGCAGGGAUGCUUUUACAGUGGGCUUAAUCAAGGUGCGUGCCACAUAUCCCUUCGGUGUGGAUCCUAAGUGGCACGGUACCCGCAGUGAGUUACCAUUCCUUAACUCAUUGAAGAUGAAGAUGUCGAUCCUACUUGGAGUAGCCCAGAUGAACCUUGGAAUCAUAUUGAGCUAUUUCAAUGCAAAGUUCUUUGGAAAUAACAUUAAUAUCUGGUACCAAUUUGUUCCACAGAUGAUAUUUCUAAACAGCCUAUUUGGCUACCUCUCACUACUAAUAAUUGUGAAAUGGUGCACGGGUUCACAAGCUGAUCUGUAUCAUGUAAUGAUAUACAUGUUCCUGAGUCCUACUGAUGAUCUGGGUGAAAAUCAGCUUUUUGUUGGCCAGAAAAUACUUCAGCUUAUGUUGUUAGUUCUGGCCCUUGUUGCUGUACCAUGGAUGUUGUUUCCCAAGCCUUUUCUUUUGAAGAAGCAACAUGAAGAAAGGCACCAAGGUCAAUCCUAUGCAUUGCUUCACAGCACUGCUGACUCAUUUGAAAUGGAGGUGGAUCCUGAGCUGCAUAGUCAUGAGGAAUUUGAAUUCAGUGAAGUUUUUGUACACCAACUUAUACACACAAUAGAGUUCGUUCUGGGAGCAGUUUCAAAUACGGCUUCAUAUCUGCGUUUAUGGGCCCUCAGUCUUGCCCAUUCCGAGUUGUCAAGUGUAUUCUACGAAAAAGUUCUACUUCUUGCCUGGGGAUUCAACAAUAUUCUUAUCCUCAUUGUUGGUAUAAUCGUAUUCAUUUUUGCGACUGUUGGUGUGCUGCUGGUGAUGGAAACCUUGAGUGCCUUCCUGCAUGCUCUGCGGCUUCACUGGGUGGAGUUCCAGAACAAGUUCUAUGAGGGAGAUGGCUACAAAUUUUACCCAUUCUCGUUUUCAUUACUUGGUGAAGAGGAUGAAUGAUAUGCUGGCAAAGCCUAGUUGCAAGGUAGAACAUUGAAAAUAAUAUACAUAGAAAAUGAAAUAGAUAACAUUAAAUUUGUUCUCGCACGGAUAGUUCAAUUCUUUCAUUGGUAUAUAUAUAUAUAUAUAUAUAUAUAUAUAUAUAUAUAUUCAAUACCCUGCCCCUCUCAUUUAUCAUUAGGGUUCCCUUGUGUCUUAGUUUUUUCUUUUUCUUGGGGAAAAGGGUUUGGUGACGGUGAUGGAAAUUUGUAGUUAUUGUUGUAUUAGUCCUAUGAAGGCGAGUAUUUGUAAGUGCCUACUUAAUGGUUUCAAGAAGGUGCUACAUUGUGUACGUUUUAAAUAUAUUUUGCUCUAUUGUAAUGAAAUCCGGACUUAUGUUUGAUGGUUCAC